UUCCUUCCGCUCCGCGUCUCCGUUGACUGGAGACGGCGGAGCACCGGCACCCGGGUUGGGGGGGAGGGGGGCGUCUGCUGGCCUCGAGUGAGAUCCGGAGGAUCCAAGGAUUCUGCAGCUACGAUGUUGUCAAGACUUUUCCGAAUGCACGGCCUCUUUGUGGCCUCCCAUCCCUGGGAAGUCAUAGUGGGGACCGUGACGCUGACUAUCUGCAUGAUGUCCAUGAACAUGUUCACUGGGAACAACAAGAUCUGUGGGUGGAAUUACGAGUGUCCCAAAUUUGAGGAGGAUGUUUUGAGCAGUGACAUUAUAAUCCUAACAAUAACAAGAUGCAUAGCGAUCCUGUAUAUUUAUUUCCAGUUCCAGAAUUUACGUCAACUUGGAUCAAAAUAUAUUUUAGGUAUUGCUGGCCUCUUCACCAUUUUCUCCAGCUUUGUAUUCAGUACAGUUGUCAUUCACUUCUUAGAUAAAGAACUGACUGGCUUGAAUGAAGCUUUGCCUUUUUUCCUACUUUUGAUUGAUCUUUCCAGAGCAAGUGCAUUAGCAAAGUUUGCUCUAAGUUCUAACUCACAGGAUGAAGUAAGGGAAAAUAUUGCUCGUGGAAUGGCAAUUUUAGGUCCCACGUUUACCCUUGAUGCUCUUGUUGAAUGUCUUGUGAUUGGUGUUGGUACCAUGUCAGGGGUGCGUCAGCUAGAAAUAAUGUGUUGCUUUGGCUGCAUGUCAGUUCUUGCCAACUACUUCGUGUUCAUGACUUUUUUCCCAGCAUGUGUGUCACUGGUAUUAGAGCUUUCUCGGGAAAGCCGUGAGGGGCGUCCAAUUUGGCAGCUCAGCCAUUUUGCUCGAGUUUUGGAAGAAGAAGAAAAUAAACCAAAUCCUGUAACUCAGAGGGUCAAGAUGAUUAUGUCUUUAGGCUUGGUUCUUGUUCAUGCUCACAGUCGCUGGAUAGCUGAUCCUUCUCCUCAAAAUAGCACCGCAGAGCACUCGAAGGUUUCUUUAGGACUGGAUGAAAAUGUGUCCAAGAGAAUUGAACCGAGUGUUUCCCUUUGGCACUUUUAUCUUUCCAAAAUGAUCAGCAUGGAUAUUGAACAAGUUAUUACGCUGAGUUUAGCUCUCCUUCUGGCUGUCAAGUACAUCUUCUUUGAACAAGCAGAAACAGAAUCUACACUCUCGUUAAAAAACCCUAUCACAUCUCCUGUUGUGACCCCAAAGAAAGCCCAAGAGAACUGUUGUAGACGAGAGCCUAUGCUGGUCAGAAACGACCAGAAAUUCCAGUCUGUGGAGGAAGAGACUGGGAUAAGCGAAGAAAGAAAAGUUGAAGUGAUAAAACCUUUAGUAGCUGAAAGUGACACCUCAAACAGAGCUACAUUUGUGCUUGGUGGCUCCUGCUUACCCAGUGCUCCAUCGGUAAUGGGGACUCAGGAACCUGAAGUUGAACUUCCCAGGGAACCUCGAUCUAAUGAAGAAUGUCUGGAGAUUCUUGGGAAUGCAGAGAAAGGCGCAAAAUUCCUUAGUGAUGCUGAGAUCAUACAAUUGGUCAACGCUAAGCAUAUCCCAGCUUACAAAUUGGAAACGCUGAUGGAAACCCAUGAACGAGGUGUAUCUAUUCGCCGACAGUUACUUUCCAAAAAGCUUCCGGAGCCUACUUCUCUCCAGUAUCUACCUUACAGAGAUUAUAAUUACUCCUUGGUGAUGGGGGCUUGCUGUGAGAACGUGAUCGGGUAUAUGCCCAUCCCUGUUGGAGUGGCGGGACCUCUCUGCUUAGAUGGAAAGGAAUUUCAAGUUCCAAUGGCAACCACAGAAGGCUGUCUUGUGGCCAGCACGAAUAGGGGCUGCCGAGCAAUAGGACUUGGCGGGGGCGCCAGCAGCCGAGUCCUUGGGGACGGGAUGACUCGAGGCCCCGUGGUGCGGCUUCCCCGGGCUUGUGACUCUGCGGAAGCGAAGGCCUGGCUCGAGACCCCGGACGGGUUUGCGGUGAUAAAGGAGGCCUUUGAUAGCACCAGCAGAUUUGCACGCCUACAGAAACUGCAUGUGAGCAUGGCUGGACGCAACCUUUACGUCCGUUUCCAGGCCAGGACAGGAGACGCCAUGGGCAUGAACAUGAUUUCCAAGGGCACAGAGAAAGCACUUUUAAAACUUCAGGAGUAUUUCCCGGAAAUGCAGAUUCUAGCCGUGAGUGGUAACUACUGUACUGACAAGAAGCCCGCUGCCAUUAAUUGGAUUGAAGGGAGAGGAAAGACUGUAGUUUGCGAAGCCGUCAUUCCAGCCAAGGUUGUCAGAGAAGUAUUGAAGACAACCACAGAAGCCCUGAUCGAUGUGAACAUUAACAAGAAUCUGGUGGGCUCCGCCAUGGCCGGCAGCAUAGGAGGCUACAACGCGCAUGCGGCCAACAUCGUCACUGCCAUCUACAUCGCCUGUGGACAGGACGCAGCACAGAAUGUUGGUAGUUCAAACUGUAUCACCUUAAUGGAAGCCACUGGUCCCACGAAUGAAGACUUGUACAUCAGUUGCACCAUGCCCUCCAUCGAAAUCGGAACCGUGGGCGGUGGGACCAACCUGCUACCUCAGCAAGCGUGUCUGCAGAUGCUCGGUGUCCAAGGAGCAUGCCAAGACAACCCCGGGGAGCACGCCCGGCAGCUGGCGCGGAUCGUGUGUGGGACGGUGAUGGCCGGCGAGCUGUCGCUCAUGGCGGCCUUGGCGGCGGGACACCUGGUCAGAAGCCACAUGAUUCACAACAGGUCAAAGAUCGAUUUACAAGCCCUUCAAGGCACUUGCACCAACAAGGCCGCUUGAGCUCCCUGUGGGCUCUGAACUGCAACACGGGCAUUGGGUUCUAAAGACUAACAUAAAAUCUGUGAAUUAAAGUGUCGGUGCGGUGUCUGGUGGAAGAUGAAUAGAUGUGAUCAGGGGACAACUGUGGGGUUGGUGGCUCUUUCUUGGAGAGGUUCGAGGUCCUUCUGUGCAAAGUCCUCAGACGUGACAACAGCAUAGCAGCUUGCACGCGGUGUUCUUUGGAAAAAUCUCCCCAUGGAAGCUGUGCGGGAGGGCGUUGCGGUGAGGCCCCCGCCGCUCUCUUCGGAGGCAGUGCAAGCUGGAGGCCGGCGUCCUGGUUGGGCGGGUGUUGCUGUCUGUGGCGAUCUGUGUGAGCUUGAUCUUCCCCGCCCUCGUGGGUUAGAAAUGGAUUCUUAAAUUAUAUGCUAGCCGAUACUUCUCAUUUUGUAGUUAAUUUAUUUAGUCUGAGUUGUAGGACUUUAAGAUAAAAUAGUUAGGUUUAUUUUUUGUAAACUAAUGAUUCAUUUGGUGCUGGUAUAUUGAUUUUGGGGAAGUAACCAACAUUCAGAAAGGGACCUGCUUCAGGGGAGAAACCUUUUUUCUCAAACUACAGAAAAAUGUGCUAAACAGUGCUAAAUAGUUCUUAAUCAGGGAAACAACUGCUUUUAUCUCUGUAGGCUAUUUGUUGUAAGAGGCCUCUUGUCAAAACAUGUGUUUGCCUAGCCUGGCUACAGUAUGUCUUUACCAUGAAUGCUCGCAGAGACAGUUUGAUGCUUGUCGAUGAAUACAUCACAGCUCUAGAUGUUAGCCAAACGUGACUGCCAAGUACAAGGAAGCCUAUGACCUUCAGAACUCAGAGUGUGGCAACACACUUGGAAAGAACCCUACCAUUUCUCUAAGCCAACUUUCAUUUUCAUUUCUUUAAAGACAUUUAUAUUGAUUGAGCUGAAAAAUCUAGUUUUUUCUUAAGCAACUGUAUCAAAUAUGUAUAUGUUGUAAUAAAGCUUCUUAAGCUAGUUUAUUCAAAGUGUUUAGGAAAUAAAGAAAAGUCAACACUCUAGCUUGGGCUGAGAAGGUGAAAGUGUUGAAUGUCCAGGAACCUUGGCUUGCUUGCCAAGCCUGGGGAAGGGAAGCCAGCUUGCAGAGCCAGUGCCACGUGAUGGGCCCUGGAGCUGUGCACCUUGCUCCCGCGGCCCGGAGGCUGGUGACUGAACCAUUCGCAGGCUCUGACGGCCCAGCAAAGCGCUCAGCUGCCUCGGGGGCAGCAGAGUUGUUGAGUCUUAAUUUUUUUUUUUUUAAUGUACAAGUUUUGUAUAAAAAAUAAAGAACUCCUUAUUUUGUAUUACAUCUAAUGCUUCAAGUUUGGUCUUGAAAAGCUAAUGUCUGUGUAGAAGAUGAACUCUGGGAACAUUCCAGUCCUGCGGAGGCGGCAUGGAGAGCCUUUGUGAAGCGUCGACAGUGUCGUGGUGGAGGACGGAUCUUUCCAGAUGGUUUGGAAAGGUGACGUUGCUCCUCUUGUGACUCUUCUGCCAGUGACUUAUUUAUCUGAGCUUUACAUGGAAGUGGCAGCGGAACGUAUGUGUGUUCAUUUCGGUGACUGUAAACCAGUAUCCUCUUGGUAAACGAAUGUUUUGUACAAUUACUAAAUUGUAUACCUUUUGUUAUAGAGUACUUUUUUCUAGUUCUAGUAAAUUAUGAAAAGGAAGUUCAUACUGAUUAAGUGUAAGCAGCAGCCUUUUUUGUUUGGAUUUAUUAAGCUUGAGACCCAGAAGUUUGUAGAUUCUGGCAGAAUGGUAGUCUAGUUCCUCCUCGGGGUCGAGUGAUCCUUUGUGCCAUUCUCCAUUCUGUUCUCCAUCUGCAUCCUCAGUGGCAGGUUAGUGUUGUAUGUGCAUUGAAAUACAUACGAGCAUUUCAUCACUCUGCUAUCCACCAGACGACUGCUUCUGGAUAUGCAGUUUGAGCGGGAUAGCGAAGGGGGAGAGCGAAAUAAAGAAUGGAUAGACAA